AUGGAUUCGAAUGGUAACAAUGAUGAUUCAAAUGAGUAUGAUGCUUGUUCUGAACAUUUAUCUACACCACUGGAAAAUCCAUCGUCUCGUCGAAAUAGUACGUGUAGUACAUCAAGUCUGGCUAAAUCACGUCGUGAAAGUGUUGCUAAUUUAUCCCAACAACAACAACGACGUUCAUCCAUUACUGAUUCUCCGCCAGAUGUAACCAUUUCAUCUGAGACUACUCAACAGCAACAUCAACAACAACAACAAAAGUUGUCUACAACAGACAAUAAUCCUGUUAAAGUUUUAGUAUUUAAUGGAAAAUGUUCGGAUAUAUUUAAACAGACAUUAGAAGAUGUUGUUCAAGAUUGUAUACUUGAAUUUCCCGGAGAAAAUUCUGUUUAUGUUACAAAAACUGGUCAUGCUAUUCAAAUACCAAAAUCAACAAUAGGAUCAUCAUCAACCUAUUCAUUACGUUUUGGUGAUAAUAGUAAUGAUUCAUUACCAAAACAGAAAAAAUCAAAUUUUGACAGACGACGAAAUUCAACUAAUCUUUUACGAACAACAAUACCAAAUAUUCUUAAUUCGGUAAAUACAAAUACAAAUAACAAUAAUAGUAUUACGAAUAUCAAUUCUCCAUCAUUAAUAUCUAUGCAAAGUGCAGCAACAGCAGCACUAACAACAACACGCAUGAGAAGUUCAGGAAGAUUUAGUGCAAAAUUUUUAGAAGAUAAUAUUCGAGAAGAAAGUGAAAUAGCUGUUAUUGAAAAUGAUGAAUUAAUAAAACAAACUUCAGAAAAUGUUAUAUCAGAAAUGAUACCACCACCUCGUCUAAGCGUUCAAAGUCCGUCAACUAAACGUUUAAGUUCACCACGUCUAUCAAAUCGAAUAAAUUCAUCGCGUACCACAUUAUCUUAUAUUGAACAAAAAAGAGAUUAUCGUCUAUCUGAUUUAGUCCUACUAGGUCCAGAAUAUUUUGCACAUAUUUUUAAUUUACCACGAUCGACUCGCUAUGCUCCCGUUACACCUGCGACUAUGCUCGAAAAAAUUACAAGUCGACCAUUAUCUGAAUAUACUUCAUCAUCAAAAUCUAUAAUAAAACGUAAAGUACAAAAUGUAGUACAGAAUAAAAGUGAAAAUAUCACCGAAUUAGAUAGAAUAAAACAAGAUCUCUAUCAUAGAUAUUUAUGGACAUUAAAACCAAAUGUAUCAUGUCGAAUUCGUCCACUAUCAACUUAUAGUAGAAAUACUACAUUUGUUAUAUGA